CUGAAGUAACAAGUAAAAAGUGUUGUUGCUGGGCAAUCACUUUUAUAAAUUUCUAAAAUUGCGGUGAAUUUAAAUUUAAAAUUAUUAAAGAUGAAUAUAACAAUGACUUAUUGUCCACCAAAUAUUACUUUUACUGAUAUUUGGGUGGAACAUGGAAUGUCAAAAUGCUUCAUGGACACUGUCAGUAUCAUCGUAAUUACUUCAUAUUUAUUGAUUUUUGGUACAAUUCAACUUUGGAUGUAUCAAAAGUAUAGAUCCGAAACUAAUGCAAUUCCAUUACCUAAGAAUAAAUUAUACAUUGUACAAAAAUUCUUCCUUUAUCUUGUUCCAAUACUUAGUAUAGUGAGAAUAAUUCUACAAGGAACAAUUUUAGAUGAUAAUAAAAUAUAUGGUUACAUGAUUCUCGUAACAAUAUUAACAGUAAUCGUGUAUCCAUAUUCAGUACAUAUAUUAAGAGUAGAAAGACAUAAGUUGUUACCAAGUGUACCACCACAAGGACAUGGACUUGCAUUAUUAGGUUUUUGGACUUUAGCAUUUGUUGCAGAAAAUCUAGUAUUUGUUAAUAUUGGUAAAACCGAAUGGUGGUUUCAUUUAAAUACAUUAACAGAUCACAUUGAGAUGGCACUAUUCAUUCUACGUUAUGUUAGCAAUCUUAUGAUCUUUGCUUUAGGACUCAAAGCUCCAGGAAUAAAUGGAAAUACAGAUGUUGAAUAUCAUACUUUAAAUAAUGGUCCAGCUUCACGGCCUAGAUAUUAUCAUAAUCGACUUGAGGAUACUAGCUCUGCUUGGAAGAAUGCAUGUCAUAAGAUAAAAGUUUUAGCACCAUUUUUGUGGCCAAAGAGUUACAUGCUGCAACUGCGUGUUAUUUUUUGCUUUGGUUUACUUCUAUUGGGACGUUUAAUAAAUUUGUAUGUCCCAGUUUAUAAUAAAUGGAUUGUAGAAAGUGUCUCUGAAAUUCCUGUAUUAUUUAGGUGGGAUCUUAUAUUGAUAUAUGUAGCAAUCAAAUUUUUACAAGGUGGUGGUACAGGUGGUAUGGGAUUCCUAAAUAAUCUCAGAUCCUUUUUAUGGAUUCGUAUACAGCAGUAUACGACUCGAGAAAUUGAAGUCGAAUUGUUUAGACACCUACAUAACUUAAGUUUACGUUGGCAUCUUGGAAGAAAAACUGGAGAAGUCUUAAGAGUCAUGGAUCGUGGAACAGAUUCUAUAAAUAACCUUCUCAAUUAUAUUCUUUUUUCAAUUAUCCCAACAAUCAUUGAUAUUGUUGUAGCUGUUACUUUCUUUGUUAUUGCUUUUAAUAAGUGGUUUGGCUUAAUUAUAUUUUUAACAAUGAGUUUUUACAUAGCUGCUACAAUCAUGAUUACUGAAUGGCGCACUAAGUUCCAGAGGAACAUGAACUUAGCAGACAAUGCUCAAAAAGCACGAAGUGUUGACAGCUUACUUAAUUUUGAAACAGUUAAAUAUUAUGGAGCAGAAUUAUAUGAAGUUGAUAGUUAUAGAAAAGCAAUAUUAAAAUUCCAAAUUGAAGAAUGGAAAUCAAUGAUAACAUUAAAUAUUUUAAAUAGUUUUCAAAAUAUAAUUGUUUGCACUGGUUUACUUGCUGGUUCCUUACUGUGUGUACACAUGGUUGUAACCAAACAAGGUUUAACUAUUGGUGAUUAUGUUUUAUUUGCAAGUUACAUCAUUCAACUUUAUGUGCCAUUAAAUUGGUUUGGUACAUAUUAUCGUGCGAUACAAAAAAAUUUUAUUGACAUGGAAAAUAUGUUUGACCUCUUAAGAGAAGAACAAGAAAUUAUUGAUGCUCCAGGUGCUGGUCCAUUAAUCAUAAAACAUGGUCAAAUAGAAUUUUCAAACGUGACGUUUAGUUACACACCUGAGAAAGUUAUAUUAAAAAAUGUUAGUUUUGUCGUACCAGCGGGUAAAACUACUGCAUUGGUUGGACCUUCUGGAGCAGGAAAAUCUACUAUUGUGCGACUAUUAUUUAGAUUUUACGAUGUAGAACAGGGUGCGAUUUUGAUCGACGAUCAAAAUGUUAAAACCGUUACACAAGCCUCUUUAAGGCAAGCGAUAGGUGUUGUACCUCAAGAUACAGUAUUGUUUAAUAAUACUAUAAAAUACAAUAUUCAGUAUGGUUCUAUCGAAGCGAUAGAUGCGGACAUAAUAUCGGCAGCUAGAAGUGCAGACAUUCAUGAGCGAAUUCUUUCAUUUCCAAAUGGUUAUGAAUCACAGGUUGGUGAAAGAGGUCUCCGUUUAAGCGGUGGAGAAAAGCAGCGCGUUGCGAUUGCACGUACAAUACUGAAAGAACCAGCAAUUGUACUUUUAGAUGAAGCAACAAGUGCUCUUGAUACCCACACGGAACGUAACAUACAAGCAGCGUUAAACAAAGUUUGUGCUAAUCGAACAACUAUUAUCAUAGCGCACAGAUUAUCCACAAUAAUACAUGCCGAUGAAAUUCUUGUUUUAAAAGACGGAGAAAUUGUAGAGAGAGGUAAACAUGAAGAGCUGAUUUCUUACAAUGGAAUGUACCACUCAAUGUGGCAAGCACAAUUGCAAAAUGAUCAAGAAGUUACCAAAGUUUCAAAUGACGACAUUGAAGAGAAUGAAGCAACAAAAUCUUAA